UAGUGAUAAAGUCACCAUCGUCGUGGACAUCUCACCGAAUCAUCUGGUGGAUCUGAACGAGAAGAUGCAAGUCCUGCAUACGGAGACUUGGGUUCGACUGAAUUGGAACGAUCCACAGCUGACAUGGGAUCCCGCAAAAUUUGGAAAUGUGUCAAAGAUUUAUGUCCCUUCCGGCGCAGUAUGGAAGCCUGACAUCAUCAUCUAUAAUGAAGUUGGUCUGGAGAUUGGUCGACCAAGUACCGACUUUUUGAUUUCUAUCACAUCAGAUGGCGAAAUCCAAUGGCUCUAUCCUCGCACGGUAGAGACCUCCUGUAAGAUGGACGCUGGAAAAUACCCAUUUGAUGUUCAGAGAUGUAAUUUUAUUUUUGGCUCGUGGUCGUUGCCUGGCAACAUGCUUGACGUCGUAAGCAAAAACGAAAAAGGUGAUGACCAGCAUUACGUGGACAAUGGCGAAUGGAUUCUCUUGAACAUCACUGUAGAGCGUCAUGUACUCAAAUACAAGUGCUGCCCCCAUCCAUUUCCGGAUGUGACCUUUACAUUGUUAUUAAAACGCCGGUCUCUGUACUACAUCUUUAAUUUGAUUGGUCCGUGCCUCCUAAUCACGCUGCUUCAUCUGACGUCAUUCCUACUUCCGUCAGAAUCCGGAGAGAAGAUAUCCCUGAACGUGACCAUUCUGUUAGGUCUGACCGUCUUCCUACUGCUCGUGGCAGAAAUCAUGCCGCCUCAAUCCGAAGUCAUCCCUGUCAUAGGGCGGUUCUUUGCAAUUUGCAUCGUCAUCGUUUCUUUGUCCACCGUUACGAGUGUGUUUGUACUGCAUCUCCACUUCCGGGGAUCUCGCGGGUUUCCGGUUCCACGUCGGAUGAGGGUGUUGGUGAUCGGAAAGUUGGGCCGUGCUCUGUUGUAUGGAAACCUCAUUGAAAAGAAGGAAGAGAGAAAACGAACGCCAGGAGAAAAUGUUACAUUGAAUUCGUUGAAGAUAACUCGGAAAGAAAGUUACAGCAAUGGCGGUGAGCUGUCUCCACCCCCGGACAGUCCCGGCCACGCCAUUUCCACUCUCGGUUGCCAUGAUGACUACGUACUGAACACCGACGCCAAACCGCCAAUGGAAGAUCUCGGAUUUCCGCAUCGCCAUGUUGAGGACAAAUCUGAAGCUGAAAAAAUCAUCAUUCGUGACUGGAUUUUGGUUUCUCUCAUUCUUGAUCGACUUUCCUUCGUCUUCUUUUGCUUGGCGGACAUUGUUCUUGUUGCGUAUGUCUGUGUUCAUAUUUACAUGGAAACUACAUCUUAAUUCCAAGGACUUAUCAAGAUGGUUUACCUUUAUCCUUUAAUCAUAAGAAUUUCUUUCAGGUGUAAACAGGAGCAGAACCUUAACCGUCAGGUAGGUUCUGUCUUCAAACAUUACACCUGGAAAAAUCUGAUUUGGAAUCAUAAUUUCAUAAAUCAUUUUUUUUGUGUUGAGUGAAAGUUGAUGGUGUUUUUUUUUUCAGCAUUAUAUAUCUAAAACCCAUGCAGCAAAAGUAGAUUUCCAAUGUUGUUUGUAUCAGACAAAAUCAAGUACCGUUAUUGAAUGGCCAUCUGAUCUGGCCUUACUUUAUUUCAACUCGUGUUUAUUUUUAAGCAUGGACAAAGAAUCUUUGCAGGCAGAUCUUUACCUCUACGUUCUCAUUUAUCAACCGGUGACAGAUUUUAUCGUAGUACUUUUUUACGUCUUCAACAAAGGGUCGGAUGUAUUGUUCAUUCCAAUAGUCUACCCAUCGUCGAUGCUAUACCAUACCAUACGUCCAACAGCUAGCAUUUCAUUGCCUUGCCCAAACUUUCGGGACAGCAACAGUGCCAUAUAACGUUUCUCACUACACUGGGUCAUAAUUCACCGGGCUAUGGACUGGCGUUAAGACCUAUCGGCAAUUAAGGAGUCUCGGUACUUCGCACAGAUGCAUUCGAAACAAGGUUCUUGGAGUCUCUUGCAAACUAAUGUAGGUGAAAGGUGUGAUUUGAAGGCGAGAUAAAAUAUACAUCUGCCUGUCGACUCAACGGCGAGUAUCACGCCUACCGUAAAAUGACAUCUUUUUGCCACGGUAGUUUGCGAGAGCUCCCACCCAGUUGCCCAUAUCUGCCUGAACUCGAGCGACCCCAUGAAUGUCGAUUGGACUUACUGCACACAAUGUAUGUUCUCCUUCGUAUGCCUUACCAGUCAGAUCAAUCUCUUUAUCGGUUUUGUUCAUUUAUUUAUUAUUUGGUUUACUUGCUCAUUUCAUCUGGUGAUAAGAGGCUUUUAUACACUAUGUUCCUGAAAAGUGUCUCCUCCUAACUUGAAAAGGUUUUAUACGCGCACAGCUUAAAGUAAAUUUACAAUUAAAUAUGAAAAUAUGUUUAAAAUUUGAAACUACAAAAGUAAGUUGAGUUUUUCACUGAUGAUAUGAGUCACAGAGGGAGGUACAAAUGCCCUGUAUGUCAUGCGUCAUGUGGCAUGUGUCAUGUGUAUUACGUCAUCAGUUAUUCAGUAGUACGUCAUAAAAUCAUUAGGAUGCAGCAUGAUCAUAAAGGAUUUUAGUUCUAUCUCUUUAAUCACUCAACGCUUCGAUGUCCUAAUGGUUAGAGCAUCCACCUCGCGGGCGGGAGACCAGGGAUCAAACCCGGGUCGUGUCAUAUCAAAGACUUUAAAAAAGACUUUUAAAAAAAUUGGUAUUUGUUGCUGACUGAAAACAGAACAGUACUGGCUGACCCCUUGUCAAUAUAAUGUGACUGGAUGGGGUGUCAUGUCUGGUGUCUCGGGAAUGAUACUUUAUUGGCGGCAGCAUUUUGGUAUCACAAAUAAGUACAGCAUCACUCUUUUUCUAGACCUUGCAAAGGCUUUUGAUACUGUAGACCACAAUAUAUUGUUGAAAAAAACUCGACCAUUAUGGUGUCAAAUGUCUUAGUAAUAUAUGGUUUAAUGAUUAUCUGAAAAACAGAUCACAUUGCCUUUUAUACAACGAUUGCCGAUCAACUAUUAAAUACAUGAAUAUUGGUGUUCCUCAGGGCUCAAUCCUAGGACCCUUCUCUUUUUAA